AUUCGGCGAGCAUCGCUCGCCACCUUCUGCCGCCGCCUUAGAGCGAAGUCGGAGCGACGGGGGUCACGGCGGGGGUCAGAGGGUAAAGGUCUUGCUCCCAGCAGCCUCCGCGGUGGAUACGUCGCCAUCUUGGAUCCGCGGGACAAGAAAAUUCAUGCGAGGGAGAACUGGUGGGCGGUCCUUCCUGUGACACGACCCUUGAGUGACAGUUCUAUUUGAUUGCCUCCAGUACUGUGAGGAAAGGACACGACUCUAUGGUGAGGACUGAUGGACAUACAUUAUCUGAGAAAAGAAACUACCAGCCUCCAGCUCUGAGCUUUCCCAUCCCCAGAGUAGCAAAUGUUGAAAGAAGUUGCACAGGUGACAAACAGCAUGUUUGGUGCUUCAAGAAAGAAGUUUGUAGAGGGGGUGGACAGCGACUACCACGAUGAGAACAUGUACUACAGCCAGUCUUCUAUGUUCCCACACCGGUCAGAGAAAGAUAUGCUGGCAUCACCAUCUACAUCAGGUCAGCUGUCUCAAUUUGGGGCAAGUUUAUACGGGCAACAAAGUGCACUAGGCCUUCCAAUGAGGGGGAUGAGCAACAAUACCCCUCAGUUAAAUCGCAGCUUAUCCCAGGGCACUCGGUUACCGAGCCACGUCACGCCAACAACAGGGGUACCAACAAUGUCACUUCACACGCCUCCGUCUCCAAGCAGGGGUAUUUUGCCUAUGAAUCCUAGGAAUAUGAUGAACCACUCCCAGGUUGGUCAGGGCAUUGGAAUUCCUAGCAGGACAAAUAGCAUGAGCAGUUCAGGGUUAGGUAGCCCCAACAGAAGCUCGCCAAGCAUAAUAUGUAUGCCAAAGCAACAGCCUUCUCGACAGCCUUUUACUGUGAACAGUAUGUCUGGAUUUGGAAUGAACAGGAAUCAGGCAUUUGGAAUGAAUAACUCCUUAUCAAGUAACAUUUUUAAUGGAACAGAUGGCAGUGAGAAUGUGACAGGAUUGGACCUUUCAGAUUUCCCAGCAUUAGCAGACCGGAAUAGAAGGGAAGGAAGUGGCAACCCAACUCCAUUAAUAAACCCCUUGGCUGGAAGAGCGCCUUACGUUGGAAUGGUAACAAAACCUGCAAAUGAGCAAUCUCAAGACUUCUCAAUACACAACGAAGAUUUUCCAGCAUUACCUGGUUCCAGCUAUAAAGAUCCAACGUCAAGUAAUGACGACAGCAAAUCUAAUUUGAGUACAUCGGGGAAGACGACUUCAAGUACAGAUGGACCUAAAUUCCCUGGAGAUAAAAGUUCAACAACACAAAACAAUAAUCAGCAGAAAAAGGGGAUCCAGGUGUUACCUGAUGGUCGAGUUACUAACAUUCCUCAAGGGAUGGUGACGGACCAAUUUGGAAUGAUUGGCCUGUUAACAUUUAUCAGGGCAGCAGAGACAGACCCAGGAAUGGUACAUCUUGCUUUAGGAAGUGACUUAACAACAUUAGGCCUCAAUCUGAACUCACCUGAAAAUCUCUACCCCAAAUUUGCAUCACCCUGGGCUUCUUCACCUUGUCGACCUCAAGACAUAGAUUUCCAUGUUCCAUCAGAGUAUUUAACAAACAUUCACAUUAGGGAUAAGCUGGCUGCAAUCAAGCUUGGCCGAUACGGAGAAGACCUCCUCUUCUAUCUGUAUUACAUGAACGGCGGGGAUGUAUUACAACUCUUAGCUGCAGUAGAGCUUUUUAACCGUGAUUGGAGAUACCACAAGGAGGAGCGGGUAUGGAUUACCAGGGCACCGGGCAUGGAGCCAACGAUGAAGACCAACACGUAUGAGCGGGGAACCUACUACUUCUUCGACUGUCUCAACUGGAGGAAAGUAGCUAAGGAGUUCCAUCUGGAAUAUGACAAAUUAGAAGAGCGGCCUCACCUGCCGUCCACCUUCAACUACAACCCUGCUCAGCAAGCCUUCUAAAAAGACUUCCCUCUUCUCGGGGUAUGGCUGUCUCAGCACAACACUCGACAUAACUGCAGAACUGAUGUGGCUCAGGCACCCUGGUUUUAAUUCCCUGAGGAUCUGGCAAUUGGCUUACAUAAAGGGUCACCAUUUGAGGUCCUGCCUUACCAAUUAUGUGCUGCCCAACAACUAAAUUUGUAAUUUGUUUUCUCUAGUUUGAGCAGGGUCUGAAUUUUUUCAUUUAUUUUCUUUUUGCCAGCAGACAGACUUGGGUCUAUAAAGACAAGCAAGUACACUGACAGAAGUUACCAUUUAGUUUCUUAAAUGUAAAAAAAGAAAACCCACAAAAGACUCAACAAAAUUAGACCACAAAAUUUGCAUUGUUCAUUGUAGCACUAUUGGUAAUAAAAGAACAGAUGUUUGUGCAUUUUUAUGUGAAGAUCCUUCUCGUAUUUCAUUUGGAAAGAUGAGCAAGGUCUGCUUCUUUCAUUUUACUUCCCCUUCUGUUUCUGAAAGGCAGUUUCGCCAGGCUCACUGCAAGACUAUGACUGUAGAGAGGUGGCCACAGUCUCUGGCGGCUCCAGGCUGUGCUCUUACUGAGCUUCAUCUUUCCAGAAUGAGCAAAACACUGUCCAGUCUUUGUUACGAUUUUGUAAUAAAUGUGUACAUUUUUUUUAAAUUUUGGACAUCACAUGAAUAAAGGUAUGUAUGUACGAAUGUGUAUAUAUUAUAUAUAUGACAUCUAUUUUGGAAAAUGUUUGCCCUGCUGUACCUCAUUUUUAGGAGGUGUGCAUGGAUGCAAUAUAUGAAAAUGGGACAUUCUGGAACUGCUGGUCAGGGGACUUUGUCGCCCUGUGCACUAAAGGGCCAGAUUUUCAGCAGCCAAGGACAUCCAUACCCAAGUGAAUGUGAUGGGGCUCCAAGACGUGAACUGAGACAAUUCACUCUGGCUGUUUGAACAGCAGCGUUUCAUAGGAAGAGAAAAAAGAUCAAUCUUGUAUUUUCUGACCACAUAAAGGCUUCUUCUCUUUGUAAUAAAGUAGAAAAGCUCUCCUCAC